UUCCCUUUGGAAGGAACGGACUUUUUGCCAAUUCCUAUACCAAAGGCUUUUCAAGACUCAAAACUUAGACCUAAUGUCGGGGGUCAUGAGGAAUGAGGGAUCAAUACUAGCUUAUGUAGCUUUUCCGCAACUGCACCGUAAUAUCACUGAUAAAGACUUUGAUGAUAUGGUUAUCAUAACAAACGAGUCAUACCAUGGAUUUAAGUUACAAAGUAUUAGACAAUUUUAUCUCAAAGAUGACCACAAAAAUCACUCUUCGGAUGUGUUAAGGCAAGCGUUUUACGCGUUUUAUGGCGAUAUUGACAUCAAAUGUCCGACAUAUCUAACGGCCAAACAAUACGCCAAUUAUGCCAUCAAAAGCGGUUCAAAAAAUAGGGUUUAUUUCUAUGAACUGACAUAUGAGUCAAAAUUCGCUAAAUUCAUGGGUUGUGAUGAGCACAUGGGUGUCUGUCACGCAUCGGAACUGGAGUUUGUUUUUGGACUUCCCUUAUGGGUCGACAAACCGUAUCCCAUAACACAUACUCAACUGGACGUGGAUUUCAGUUUAUAUGUCAUGAAACUGUGGACUGAUUUCGCUAAAUAUGGUAAACCGGAUGACCAAUGGCCGCAUAUAUUGGAUAAUAAUUUUAUUAAUGUUAAAGACUUGAAUCCAAUGAAUACGAGUCGAAAG